CUCGCAAAGCUGGCUGACAACUUUCAGAACACCGGUGUGUCACUGAGAUGGUUUGUGUUUCUGUGUUGUUAAAGCUUCUCUCUUCACUGUAAUGAAACGGCUUCACGCAGCGACAGUGCCUCUCGCGUAAUACCAAGUGGGAUUCCUGACACAUUGCAGCCAUACAUUGAUUGCAGGACCCAGGGAUGUCUCGUCCCGCUCCGUCCCCCAUCUUCACCCUGAGGGGGGCCGGCGCGCCCCUCAACACCCUCCACUUUAGCUGCCAUGGAGGGGACACUCCCCUCUUAUUUUCGGGGUCAGGUAAGGGUGCCAUCCACAUGUGGAACCUGAACACCAGGAGGGCCGAGACGGUUGCAGAAGGGCAUUCUGGGAACUCAGUCGUGUGGGUCAACACACUGCAGGGGACAGACACUCUCAUCAGUCAGGGACGGGACAUGCGAGUGUGUCUGUGGGAUCUGAGUGAGGGUCGCAGGGCGGUGCUGGACUCGCUGUGGACCGGCAGCGUUGGGUUCUGUCAGUGCUCGCUGCUGGAGAUGAGUACCGGGACACAUCUGCUGGCCUUCGCUGGACAACAGACCGAAGAGAUCAAGAUUGUCGAGCUACCCAGUAAGACCCCGGUCUGCACCCUGGUACCGGACGCUAAGCUGGGGAUGAUCAUGUGUAUCAAACUGUGGCAGCCAGACUCGGGCCCCGGACCUCUCCUGUUGGCCGGAUACGAGGACGGUUCCCUGUUGCUGUGGGACGUUACCCAGAGGGCCCAGCUGAGCCAGACUAAAGCCCACCCUGAGCCCGUCAUGUGCCUGACCUUUGACCCCCAGUGUCUGAGAGGCGUCUCUGGCUCCUCUGAGAAGGACCUCUGCUCCUGGAGGCUGGACGGACAGAACAACCUGCAGCUCCAGGACUCUGUGACGCUGGUCAACCCUGGGGUUUCCCAGCUGUGUGUCAGGGGUGACGGUAAACUCCUGGCAUCAGCGGGCUGGGACCAUCGGGUGCGGAUAUUCGGGUGGAAGAAGCUGCGACCGCUGGCCGUGCUUCAGUACCACACCGACCUGGUGCUAAGCGUGGCCUUCUCUGACCACCAGGACCCCCGACAGAGACUGCUGGCUGCUGGAUCCAAAGACCAGCGCAUCAGCCUGUGGUCCAUAUUCAACGAGGGGGCGGACACUGGCUGAACCUCAAAGCUCUGGGAGGAUCUAUGGACUCUUAAUCAGUUCUUUCUACUGAUUUUAAUGUGACCCUGAAUGGUGUCGGUGAACAAAAUGGCAGCUUUUCAGGGCAAUGAAGCAAUGCCCUUAUAUAACAAUGUUUUACUCAUUGUUUGUCAUAAAACCACCGCCUUCUUCAACUUUCUCAACUCAGAGAGAGAUGCAGAUGGACUAUAAUGGGAAAGAUAUACUGUAUGUGACUAUUACUCAUAACAAUUGUAGCCUCUGCUUGGACCCAACAACUGACUUUAGUGACUUGGUGAUUAAGGCAAUGAGGAGUAAUAAAAAAAGAAAAACUGAUAAAUAUAUUGGUGGGCUACUAA